AUGUCUGAAGUUAAACAACCAUGGACGGAACAUGCCUUCCGUUAUUUAGGUCUCUUCUUCAUUUGUAUGAUGACUUUUGGUAGUUAUUAUAUUUACGAUAUUCCAUCUGCUCUCACACAAGAUAAAAUUGACACUUGGUAUGGAGUUAAAGAAAUCAAAUAUUCAUUGUUAUAUGCAGUAUAUAAUUUCCCAAACAUGGUUAUUGUAUUCUUUGGUGGAUUUUUGAUUGAUACUGUUUUCGGUUUGAAGUUGGGAUCGAUCAUUUUCUGUUGUUUGGUCAUGACUGGACAGAUCCUCUUCUCUAUCUCUGCAAACUCCAAGACCUUCUGGUUGGCUUUGCUCGGUCGUACCAUUUUCGGUUUGGGUGGUGAGUCGCUCUCUGUCGCCCAAUCUACUUUCUGUGCCGCAUGGUUCAACGGUCGUAACGAUUUGAAUUUGGCAUUCGCCAUCACCCUUGGUUUCUCGCGUAUUGGUAGCGCUGUCAAUUUCCAAGUGACACCAACACUCGACAACAAAUUCUCAUUGCCAACAGCCGUCUGGUUCGGUGCCAUCUGUUGUGGUAUCUCCUUUGUCGCAUGUAUCGUCCUCUGCUUCCUCGACAUGGCUCGUUCACGUAAGGACGCCGCCAACAACCCAGUCAUCAAGAACGACCCGGUCUCCAUCAAGGAUAUCACCAAGUUCCCAAAGAUGGUCUGGUUAAUCUUUGCCCUCGUUGUUUUCUUCUACGUACCACUUUUCGUCUUUGUUUCAAUUGGAACCCAAUUCUUUGUAAACAAAUUCGGUACUACAUCAAGUUUCGCAGGUGUUUUGACAUCUAUUCCAUAUUAUACUGCAGCACCAUCACCAGUUAUUGGAUUUAUUAUUGAUCGUGUAGGUCGUAAUCUCUCAUGGAUGGCACUUUCAAUGAUUUUGUUGGUUGUCGCUCAUUCCAUUCUUGGAUUCACUAUGGUUAACCCAUACGUCGGUAUGAUUUUGAUGGGAUUCAGUUAUGCUAUCAUGGCUGCCUCUAUCUGGCCAACCAUCCCAGCAUUGAUUCCAUCGAGUCGUCUCGGUACUGCCUAUGGUCUUGCCUUUGCCUUCCAAAAUGCCGCCAUUGCCCUUUCUGGUCUCUUGGUUAACGCCAUCCUCGAAAAGACCAACAAUAACUAUUAUUACACUGAAGCUAUUUUCGUAGGUAGUGCUGCUAUUGGUUUAUUGAUUGUUGUUCUCUUGAUUUUGAUCGAUCUCAAGGAGAAGAAACUCAACAUUCCAUCACAAGACAUGAAGGAUAACAUCAAGUUGUUGAACAAGCAAUCCGAACCAUUGCUUUCAGAGCAAUCCUCUAUUAAUAACAAUCAAGAAAUAACUUAUUAA